CUUAACAGUAAGGUAAGCCAGUUUGCACGUGAACUUGCCCGAGUGACGUCCAAACGGUCGCACCGAGUGGCCGCAUCAUAACAAAAUAGUAAACAGGCAGUUUUAAAUUCUAAAUACGCCGACCGCCAACUGUGGACUUGAGACCUCGUCAAACGAUUUACAUAAAUAAUGAUUCUAUCGGUAACGUUUUUAGUGAUAACUGUGCUUCUGUAUUUAUUAAUCACAAGGAGACAUAACUACUGGAAAGUAAGAGGAGUAAAAUAUGAAGAGCCGGCGCCUAUGGUCGGCAGCAUAUGGCGGGUGUUUAGACAAAAUGUCAGCUUGUCUCAGUAUCUGGCAGAAUUAUACCAGAAGUAUCCGAAAGAAAAGUUCGUCGGGUACUUUGGUGGUAGUGCCAUUUCCCUCCUUGUGAGGGAUCCUGAGCUUGUGAAACAUGUUCUAGUGACCGAUUUCCAGUAUUUUUAUCCGAGAGGGUUAAAUACUCACAAGACAGUGAUAGAGCCGAUGCUGAAGAACCUGUUCUUCGCGGAUGGAGAUCUGUGGAAGCUAUUGCGGCAGAGGAUGACGCCUGCCUUCACGUCCGGCAAGCUGAAGGCGAUGUUCCCUCUGAUCGUGGAGAGGACCGAGCGGCUGCAGCGCAUCGCCGCCGCCGCCGCGGAUCGCGGCGCGGAGGUGGACGUGCGCGACCUCAUGGCGCGCUACACCACCGACUUCAUCGGCGCCUGCGGCUUCGGCAUGGACACAGACUCCAUCACUGACGACACAUCCCCGUUCCGAGAUCUAGGAAAGCGUAUUUUUACUCCAACCCUAAAAGGAACUAUUAGUUCGUUUCUAAAGUGGACUUUUCCAGAAACAUUCAAACAUUUACACCUCACAGCCUCAGAUGUCACAAGAGAUACGAUUGCUUUGGUGAGAAGCAUAAUGCAGGAGAGAAAUUACAAGCCUGUUGGAAGAAACGACUUUAUAGAUUUGCUUUUCGAGUUGAAAGCAAAGGGGGUUAUAUAUGGCGAGUCGCUGGAGAAGAAGAACCCUGAUGGGACGCCGCAGACGGUGGAGUUGGAGCUGGACGAGCUGCUGAUGGCGGCGCAGGUGUUCGUGUUCUUCGCGGCGGGAUUCGAGACGUCCUCGUCGGCGACCAGCUACACGCUGCACCAGCUCGCAAUGCACCCCGACAAGCAGGCUAAGUGCCAGCAGGAGAUCGAUGAAGUGCUUGCACGGCAUGACGGGAAAUUAUGCUACGAUGCUGUCAAAGAGAUGAAGUAUCUACACAUGUGUUUUAAGGAAGGCAUGCGAAUGUUCCCAUCCCUGGGCUUCCUCAUCCGGCAAUGUGUGAGGCCAUACACGUUCCCAGGAACCGACGUGACUAUCGACGACGGCGUGUACGUGCUGGUGUCCGUACAGGGGCUGCACAACGACGAGCAGUACUUCAAGGAUCCGGAGCAGUUCAGGCCGGAGCGGUUCGGCGAGGGGGCGCCCUCUAUACCUAACCACGUGUAUCUCCCGUUUGGAGAAGGACCUCGAGCGUGCAUAGGUGAGCGCCUGGGCCUGAUGCAGUCGCUGGCGGGGCUGGCGGCGCUGCUGCGCCAGUGCUCGGUGGCGCCCUCUGCCCGCACCCGCGCGCCCCGCGUCGACCCCGCCUCCUUUGUGGUUCAGAAUAUACAUGGGGGGUUACCGCUGUCAUUGAUACCGAGGAAAAUAUCCAAAUGAAUUGAUUGAUAUUAAAAUAUACAGUUUUUGAUAUGUAAAAUUUACGAAAUCUUAAAGACUAUCUGGUCUAAAGAUGUUAGAUUGGAAACAGUCUACGCUGUUAAAUGUUUUCAGUGGGUAGUAGGGUAGUAGGUACUAAAACUGCAUUGAAAGACAAUGUAUUAUUAGUGUUUGAGAUGUAAUACAUUUUGCGAAAUCUUAAACAGACUUGUUAUACAGGUUGUUUAUUUAUUCACCUGUAUUAAUUUACGGGGUGAAUAUAUAGGUCAUACUGAGUAGGUAACUUUUACUAUGGGCCCAACCCCAACAUCGCAAAAAAAACUCUCCCAUAGAAAAUGAGACAACCAAAAUGUAUGAAACAGACAAUUUUUUUUUUCGCGAUUGCGGGGUUGGUCCCAUAGUAAAAGUUGCUCAGUAUGACCUAUAUAUUCACCCUGAUAUAUUGUAGGUGACUAACUAAACAUCCUGUAAUAAUGUAAUAAACACAUUUUCAACACCUUGAUUGUUCAAAAACUGAUGAGAAAGUUGCAUUUUAUCCACAUGUGUAACUAAGUAAUUUAAUGCAAAUUUUGAGUUGUUUCACUUGUUUCCUUAUAGUGGCUAAUAGUAUUGACUUUUAAAUGAUGAAUUUGAAUGAUAAAUAUUUAAUAACGUUCAUUUGUAUUGGAUUUGGUUUGAUUUUGUUUGAUGUUUUACAGUUCGUAUUUUCCUCGCAUUGGUUUGGUGAAAAUGUUUAUGACUAUUGACUUUCAAUGUUGUUCAAUUUUGGAAUAUUUCGCUUGCUCGGGUAUCAAUAUUAGCAUGAGCGGUUAAACGACAGCUUUGCCACCUUGUAAAAUAACUAUUAUCAUAUACCUUUCGUGAUUUUUCUCACUUGAUGGUCUCAUCGGAAGAUCAGCGCUGGACGCCACCAGCAACAUGCUGAGAUGAGGCCAUUUCGUGGCACUUUAUACUUUCUUUGUUUUUGUUAUAUCAUGUAAUUUAAUGUGUCUUGUUUGUGUUUACGAAUAAUAAUUAUUCUAUUCUUAUUCUA